AUGAGAGUAAACUCGCUGGCGCUGAUCUUUUUUUGCGUGCCCCCCUGUUUGGCAUGGCUACCAGGGCCUGGGUUGGUUUCACCUACCAACAGAAUACGGCAGAAGCACUCGCAAUGGUCGCCUAUAACUUUGUACCAGUCGGAAUCGUCCUCUCUGACAGAAGAUACGGAUGAAGAAAGAUCAAUCACUGAAAAGGAAACGCUCUUGCGUCAACGCGACGAUGCGCAAGCCGUGUUGGAUCGCCUUGUCUCGCUCAAGGGCGUCCUGGAACUCGAUGAUCCGCUCCUUUCCAUGGAAAACUACCAACGCCAAGUCAGCCAAAUUGAAGAACAGGUACAACAAUUGGAAAUGGAAAUUGUGCCCCCGGCAGGACUGACCAUGGAGGAAUUCCAGGCUGCCAUGGCAUUAUUUUUUCAAAUGCCAUUUUCAGUACGAUAUGCCUUUUGUCAAGCCUUGGAAUUGGAAAAUCCAGGCAAGGCAGCGGCUGAUUUGAAGCAGUUACCCAACAUUGUGACGCUACUCUACCAGCAACGGAUUCAAUUGACUCCACAGCGACUGCAAGAUGCCCUCGCAACGGUACAAGCACGGCAAGUGGUAUCCUCCAUCAAAAUGAGCUUGGUGGGUGAUGCCGAUGCAACUACCAGCAACACGCAAUCUACUUCCAAUGACGACUUUCCAAAAACGCUUCAAGAUCUAUUUGGAGAAGCAGGCAAAUCAGAAGAAGAAAUGAAACUGGAAAACACCGUCAAUAACGUACUGGGGCGGGUGACACGGAAAGAGGGCAUGGAAGUCACCAAGUCAAAUCUGGAUCGUGUGAUGAAGGCUUUGGGCAAGGAAACGUUUGUAGUGUCUGGUACGGAAAAGAUUCCUGGAGGCUACGUUAUCCGUGGGAAAAAUACCAAACCAUCCGGAGCCGAGCUCAUUGAGGCCAUUGACGCCAAACUACCCGAAGAUUUCCCGGCUCAGGUCUCUUUGAUGGAUGACGUGACAGAUCCAGAUUUGAUGGGUGGCGACCCAGUACUGGUGUUGCUCAACAAGGACUUUUCCACCGAGACAUCCGGACUUCUAACCUUUCUUUGCUCCCUAACGGCACUGUCGUCCGCCUUUGCCUAUUGCGUGGGAGUGUACGGAUCGAACGAGGUUGUCACGGCAGCUCUUUCGGAAGCCAAUGCGGUCCAGGACGCCGGAGGGAUAUCGUUGUUUACGGAUCGAGUACUGGAUGUGUUUUUGCCAUUGAUGUGCCUGCAAGUGUGGCAUGAGCUGGGGCAUUUUUCCGUGGCAAAACUCUACAAAAUGGAAAUGGGACUACCCAUCUUGUUGCCGUUUUGGAGCUUGCCCUUUAUGGGCGCCAAGACAGACUUGAUCGCUUCCCCUCCCAACAAAUCGGCCCUGUUUGAUUUUGCUAUUGCCGGUCCUCUCGCGGGCUUGCUGGGGUCCGUAGGACUCUUGGCCGGGGGACUAGUCUUGACGGCGACAGCCGAUGCUUCCACGCUACAGUAUUAUCCUUCCUUGCCCAUCAGUCUCGUCACGACAAGUACAUUGGGGGGAUCCAUGGUGGAUUACUUUCUCGGAGGAGGAGUUGUGGGCGUGGACAAUCGAUUCAUUACCAUGCAAGAUCCGUCCACUGCUAUUUUCAUGCACCCUGUCGCCGUUGCUGGAUAUUGUGGCGUCCUCAUUAAUGCAUUGCAGUUGUUGCCUCUUGGCAGCACCGACGGAGGAAGAAUGUCACUUGCCAUUUUUGGACGUUACGGUCAGACGUUUGUGGGGGCACUGGUGUGGGUGUCGCUGCUGAUUGCAACGCUUACCCUGGAACGCCCCGAUAUACUGAUUGCAGCUUGGGUGGUCAACAAUUUUGUACAGAACGAUUUGGAGAUUCCUUGUCGCGAUGAGACGGACGAGCUCAGCAUUCCUCGCGUGCUGGCGGCAGUGAGUCUUUGGUUUGUCACCGUUCUUGCAAUCACACCGCUAUCACAAUAG